UGUUAAUUUUAAAUAAAAUCUAUUCAAUAGAACGAAGUUUAAGUAAUAAUGUUUAAAAACAUUUUGCUGUGUAUAUAUUUUUUAGCUUCAAUAAUUACAAUCAAAGUAUAUGGUAAAAUAAAAGAUGAAGUUUUAAAAGAAAUGUUACAACAACGAGAAGUUCCUCUUCCGCCAAUAGAAAUAACGGAUAUUGUAAAAUCUUUAAAAGUCAUGAACUAUAUAGUUGGAGAUGUAAUUGAUGAUGUAAUAAAUUUUUUUAUUGUGAAAAGCCAAAAACAAGACACUAUUUUAUAUAUUUCGACAUAUAUUUAUAGUUCUAUAUGUGGAAAUAACUAUUUACCUUUAAUCGAUCACAUACAUAAUACAAUCACUUCAAAAGAAACUCUCAUUUUAGUUAAUGUAAACGUUUUUUCAGCUCAUUGGAUUUUGGGAGUAAUUAAUUUGAAAAAAAAAAAAAUUAUUAUUUUAGAUUCAAAAAAAUCAUCAAUUCCUUUAAAGCAGUUUGAACAUUUACAUUUUAUAAUGUGUGCAUACUUAAAUGUAAAAACAUUUAAUGCUAAAUCAAAGCUCAAACCAAUUGAGAGUAAAUGCAAGUUUAUUUUUGACGAGAAUGCUGUACAGCAAAGGAAUCCAUUUGAUUGUGGUAUAUUUGUAUGCAUACAUGCAUUUCAUUAUAUAACCGAUUUUCCUACAUUUUUUAAAGGGACAAUAUGGGGUAGACAAUGGCUUUUUUAUUGUUAUACGGAAUAUGAAAAAUUUAAAAAUACCAGCGCUUAUAAAGAUUUUCUACCCAAUCAUAAAUCAUUAAAUGAAGAUGUUAUUAAAAAUAUUAUUGAUAAAACUAAGCAAGAGAAAAUAGAGGUUAAAAGUGACCAAGUUAUAAAAAAAAAUAUAAAAUAAAAUAAGAUAAAAAAAAUAAAUAUAUUGUUGUUUUAAAAUGCUUGUUAUUAUAUAAUA